AUGCGUUGCUGAUCCUCUCCAUGAGAUACUCUCGUAUUCAAGUUGGUGAGAUGUACAUCAGCACCACUGCAGUAGUGUUAUCAGAGACACUAAAGCUCUUUACGUGUGUAAUCAUAUUAUUUAUAUCUGAGAAGAAAGGGCUGAUAGAGUUCACUGCUUAUCUUUUUCAAAGUGUCGUUGUAAAUUAGAGGGACACUUUGAAGCUCUCUGUGCCUGCUCUAGUCUACAUGGUACAGAAUAACCUCCAGUAUAUUGCUGUCUCCAAUCUUGAUCCUGCAGUAUUUUAGUUUAUACCAGCUGUUUGAUGGCCGUUACAGUAAAGAAUUUUUCAGUCAAUUGAGUGAGGCUUUAGCUUCAUUGUCUGAGAAGGAUUUUGAAAUUAAAACUGAUGCUGAUGCUGUAUCUGGCGGUCAAGUCUCGUACCUCAUUUAUCAGCUGCUAGAGAAUCCUUCAAUCAGGAACAGAAGUGUUUGUGAGCCCCAGUUUGCCGAUCCCCUACUCAUCAACGAUCCUAACAGCGUCUUGUCAAGAAACCUUGUUCAGUUAGCAAUGGCAGAAGUUGAAGCCAGUGAAGAGGAAGACGAAGAGAGAGAAGGAGAGAGGAACAUGGAAGCUCAAGAAUCAAACAUACAAGAAGAGAUGGAAGUGACUACUGAAGGAGACGGUUUAAGAAAGAGCAGUUUGGAAAGAAGAGGAUUAGCUCAAGAGCACCAGGGACAUGCUAAACCCCACACUCCAGGUUCUGUGAUGAAAGCCGGUAUCGGUACUUUACUGAAUAUUGAUGAGUCAUCUCACCUGCAGCAUGGAACACUGCGUAUCAGACCCCCUAUCAAUAUUGGGUGCUUGCUGGACCCCUUGGAUGAAGAGGAAAAAGGAGAAAAACAAGUUUUGGGCAUCGGUUUAUCGGAAGAAGUUUCUCUCGGGUCUUUUGCUGCCUUUGUUUCUGCUCAUCUUGGUUACUCUUCUGUUGCCAUAGAAACAGCAAGACGGAUUUAUACUGUCAUUGAUGAGGCCGGUAACAAAGGGGUUGCCAUGGAAAUACUAAGGAUGAGAAUUACUGAGAAAGAGGAGGGAAGAGAUUUUGGGAACAUUCUUCAAGAUCUGAUCAACUUUGAUCUGAUCUUUAGAGUUGGCACUGCAUUCACUCUCUAUGUAUCCGCCAGUCAUAAGAGCAGCUGGUAUUUCAAACUGGAUAAUGAGGAGAUACCGAUUAGACCAUGGAUACAGAGAGAAGAACAGGAAUCAAGUAUUCUUCCUCAGUUUCAAGACGGAGUCCUUUCUUACAUAAUUACUCAUUCUGGUGUUACCAUGGCGGCAUUAUUGGAUCACUUUAAAGGUGUUCUUCAGAGAGUUAGUCUAGAGGACAUAUUAGAGGAUCUUUUAAUUGGAAACUGCAUCAAGAAAUACACUUUAGUACAGACCACAACGACAAGCUCCUCUCCAUUUUCAAAGCUUUCUUCAUCAAUUAUUAGAAGUUGUCAUGAUGAUGAUUCAUCAGUUUCAAUAUGUUUUGAGGCUAUUCUUUCAGCUGAAGUUUUAUGGGCUAAGCAAAAAUGAAUCAAGCAUAUAUAGAUCUACAUACAUACAGUUAUUUUAUAUUUAUUCCUCUCAUUUAUAUUAUUGGGGCACAUUAUCACAAUAUUGUAGCAUA